GUAGUUGAUUCAAUGUAAUUGUGAAUUUAUUAAAAAUUAUUUAAUUAAAUUUAACUUCAAUUAAUUUUUGCAAUUUUUACAACUAUAAUUUGAUUUAAGUCAUAACCAUAUAUAUGGACAAAUAAAAAUUAAAAAUAAAUGUGCACAACUUUCCAACAUUUUUAAUUUAACUACAGCAGCCAUUUUCGUUAAGUUUUCAUUGCUGUUUACAUAGAUCAGCAUUGCCGCAAACAAGAUCUGAAAUAUUUUGCGGUUUUAUAAAAUAUAUAUUUUGAUUCAAAUUUUAAAUAAAAAUCGAACAAAAUGUCUAGAAGUGUUCGAGCUGAAACGCGUAGUCGUGCUAAAGAUGAUAUAAAACGAGUGAUGCAAGCUGUUGACAAAGUGCGGCACUGGGAAAAGAAAUGGGUCACAAUAGGUGAUACUACAAUGAAAAUUUAUAAAUGGGUACCUAUAUCGAAUUCAGAUAAAAAGAAGAUUAGCAUUAAUAAAAGUGACAAAGAAAAUUCACAGAAAGGCACACCCACGCCGCCACAAAUAACGCCGAGCUAUGCCGGCCUAACGGCGGAGGAUUCAAACACUUGUUUUUCAAUGGUAAGCGAUUCGCAAGGUGCUACUGAUUUUGUGUCGAGUAUGCCAUUUUCCGAAGACUCCAAUUCGCAAGGUAGUGACGGUCCUGUGAAACGUUUAAAAGGGUACAUACGCAUAUAAUAGAACCUUGACUUGCGAACCAAUAGUUAUGUAACUUAAAAACUGCGACCCAUCUGUUGGUUUAUAUAAAAUUUCAUACAUAUUUACAUAAAAAUGUGACGUUCCUAUGUUUGUUCAUUUAAUUAUAUAAAAAUAAUUUAACUGACAGUGUGACGUUGCAGGAAGCAGUUGGGGUAAAAUUGUCACAGUGAAAACAUAUUGGCACAACGCAAACCAAACAAUGAGAUUUUCUACGUUGCCCCGCACCACAGAUACAAGAUACAGGGUCAUUGUGCCGGCAUAAAGAAACUGUGUAACGCAAAGGAAAACAAUGAACAAUUUUUCAUACAAGACUAUUAGCGAUAGUAGCGAGAGAUUCGGGAAUGAAUUCGCGAUAAAUGGAAUGUUUUGCGCAUGAAUCCAAAACUGAGAACAGAGCUACUGAACAUCUUUACACUUACCCCACCACAGAACCAACAAACAACAAAUUCCAAACUCAAAAAAUGUACCAAUAAUAUUUUGAUUCUAGAAUGUUUUCAUCGAUUUCGUUCAUAGGGAAUAAAACAGAUGCAACAGCACAGAUACAUUCUGGUAGAGAUGCACGCAGAGCGCGAAAUUUAUAAAAAAAAAUAUUAAAUAUAUAUAUGU